GUUGAAUUUUGUUUAAUGUUUCUCAGGUCGUGUCCUUUGGCGGUUAAGAAGGAUGAGUGAAUAUGUUCUGGAUGCUGACCAUGAAAUCCAAGAGGAUGAGUUUAACGAGGAGAGUACCAAAGAAGAUGUUAGUGUGUCCGAUGAAAUGCAUUUUGAUGCUGAGCUUGAGGCAAUCAAAGAACGUUUUAAAGAAAUGGAAGCUGACGCCAACAAGCUACAUGAUUUGCGCCGUGUGAUUGAUAAAUCCCCAGUUUCAAGUGAGUUUAUUCGUAUAAUUUCUUCUCUUGUAUGAAACAAAAACCCAGUAGAUAAUUCAUAAAGCUUACUCGGUUAUUCGGGCUUAACGACGGGUAGGUUUGUGAACUUAUACAGUGUCUCCAUAAGGUUUCUCUGGACUUUCCUGAUAGUCUUGUGUAAGUGCAACGGCUGUUGGACGGUUUGUGUUACGCAACCCAGCAUUUAUUGUCAAAAACGGCUUUUUGUCGCAUGUUUAGUCCUAUCCUAUGCUAUCAGAGACACUAUGGUAUGAUUAGUGAGAUAGGAUUGUUUGGUAGGUGUAUCUGUUUGAAGAGUCGUCACACUGAAAUCCUUAUACAUCAGGUCACUUUUCCUGUCUGCAAAGGAUAUUUACAUCAAUUGACAAUGUAUUAUGUGCCUCUAUGCUGGUUUAACCUAGGCAUGCGUGAGAAUUCGUCAUAUCAGUGAACCUGCGUCCUUUACCGGAAUUGCUGACUGUGAUGCAGGUUUUCUCCACCCUAGACGUAGUUUGUCGUAUGACUUAUGAUAUUUUCUUCAGUUUUACCUUGAUUCUUAUUGUUUACAAGCACCUAGUUCCAUUUCCCAUUCGUGUAAUCCCAAACAUAUGGAAAAAAUUUACAUCAAAAAUGUUGAGCGCCCGAUUGAUGGCAGUAUAGCCCGAAUAUCGCUAUAACCAAAACUGCUUCCAGUAAAUACUUCCUGCACGUCAUCUAAUGCUGCAAAUGGGUGGACAAGCGCAAGGCUGAAAGCGGCUUAUACUAUAUUGUAAAUAAUAUGGGUAGAUUCUUACUGCGAGCGUAAUGUUUCUCGAGCAGUGUCAUGCAAAGGUUUUGUUGUAGUGUUGGGUACAGGUAUACAUUGCUAGCAAUGUUGAUAGGUAAAAUGUGAAAAAUUAUUUGAUAAAUUCUAAUAAAGGCAAAAGAAAAACGAAAAUAUGCGUAGAAUAACUGCACUAAUCGAAAUCCGUGAAUUGCUACUUCACUGCAGUUGUUUUUCGGAUAGUCUAGAGUGCUCUUGAACCUCUGCUGUUUGUAGUUUUCAGCACUACUAUACAUAAUUCGAAAUGUAUGAUUUAUAAGAUCUUCCUUUAUUCUUGAAAAGUGGGGAAGCAGGAUAGUUGAGUAAUGAAACCCUAUUAACCUUUGUUACCAAAGUGCAACCAAUUUAUUGGCUUACAGACGAAAUUUUCGGUAUGGUAGAUCCUGUAGGGAUAUUCAAUCAAGUCAGCAUAGUUCAUCGGUUGAUUGCAGUAUAAUGAUCGUGUUCAGAUAAAAUAUUUCUAACUUUGCGAAGAGUCUGAAUAUCACCCCAAAAUUAAGCUUGGGUAACCAAGUGUUAUCAUGGCCCCUUCCAAACGUUCUAACCUUAGUUCCUGACUGACUAGUUCCAAUAUAGAACUUUGCGCAGACAUGCGGGAGUUCGAGUUGCCACACUCCAUGUAGCACACAAAGCCAGAAAAGAGAGUUAAAAGUAAUGCAAAAUAGAGACAGUAAACAGAGACAUGAGGCAAAAUGAAUACAGUUUCAUUGAAAAUUGUAAGUCACAAAAAGUGGAUGCAUCUGCUGUAGGCAUUGAGAACGAUUUUGAGCCACAUCACAAAUUGUCUCCAACAAUUAGUGUUUACCGUUCUAAGGACGCCAACCAGUCAAGAAGUCUACACCUCCCGAUGUGGCCUCAACUAACUGUUGUGGAUUUCGUUGACUAAUGAAGCCAUGUUUUUGUUUGACCACCACUGACUCUUUCCCAACCUCACCCCAUGUCAGCUAAUAUUGCCCAUUGUUGAGGGAGGCGAUGGUUGGGCAUGCGUAACACACAUCCUAACCAUCUCAAUCGAUGUAACUUCACAGCCUCGUGUAUUGAUUUCCCCUCCUCACCUAGCACUUGACAGAUGCCUCACCUGAAUAUCGCUCACCCUAUAAUACCACUUCACAUGGGAGAUAGAACUCAGACACCUAUGGUCAAAGACAACUAGCCAGCCUUUUCAUGUCCUCCACUCUCGAUGGCCAGGCCUCACACGAUAAGUAUGACGCAUAGUCUGGUACUUAAAAGCUCUGUUCCGGGUGGUUAAAUUCAAACGGCCUCAUCCUUUAUAUUAGUUGUACUCAUGUACGAGUGUGAUCAAAUCGACAACGAAAGUUUGUAUUUCAUGUUCAUAUUAGACUUAUAAAAGACUGUGAAUGUUUUUUUUUCUAUCUUAUUCAUUACCAACGUCAAGAGAAAUAAACUACGGAGAAUAGUGGUAUCAAACGGAAGUGAAGCUAGGGAAUGAAGGACGAAUAAGAUAUCCACUAAACUAGGAGGACUUUGUGUGGAUGGAGGCGCGCAUAGGCGAUGCACUUUAAGCAGAAAAAAGAACAUCCUCACGUAACCAGAAAGUUGAUUUAACAAUUGCUCGUGUUCUUUUAACAGUGGGACGUGACGCUGAAGGUUUCUCCAAUACUUUACAGAAAGGCAGAAUAAAAUUUUCUCUAAUCAACUGUGUUCAUACAAAAGUAAGUUGACUGCAAAACAGUCAGCUUAAUUCUUCGAAGAACGGUUGUAUUGUCUCUGUCAAUUACUAAUCAUCAGUUGGGUGUUCUGUUGCAACUUGGCAUUGGAUGUCUGCAGAGUGGCAGACGUCGUGGAUUAAACAAGGAUUAUCAUAUACGUACUAUGAAGGUUUUCUCUACACCACCUCACUGAGAUUGGCUUUCAGUUAUAUUCCUUCCGACUAUAGUCUGAGCACUCAGACCGAUUGAGUCACGUAAGUGGUGACUGGUAAUAAGCUCCGCACUCUCUACAAAAAGAUACAUUCCGUUCUUUCUCUCUUCAUACCAGUAUCCGUUGAAGUUAGUUUUGUGUGAUUAUCUUUCUUUUUGUCAUGUUACAUUAGCAGUUUUUACCCUGUGCACAUAGGCUAGUUGGCAAAUUAUAAUAAAAAUGAAGAGUUGCCCUGAAACCCCAUGCAACGCGAGCAGACCUCAUGUUGUUUGAAGGCGACUAGUGGUAGAUAAUACUUGGCUUUCAGAUAGCUGGUGAAAUUUGAAAUUGAUAUAUAUAUAUAUAUGUACAGUUUAAUUAAACUUUCCUAGUUUCAUUGCUCAGUUUUCCAGACUUUUUUGGUAUUCCUUUAAUAUUUUCUAUGCUUUUAGAGUCGAAUAACCCAGUUUUGUCAGAGGAAGACAAAACUGAAGUUGACCUUCGUUCUGUGUAUGUGGGGAAUGUAGAUUAUGGUUCUACAGCAGAUGAACUUGAAGCCCAUUUCCGCGGAUGUGGACCAAUCAAUCGUGUUACCAUACUGUGCAAUAAAUUUACUGGACAUCCUAAAGGUUUUGCUUACAUUGAAUUUGACUCACGAGAUGCUGUGGAAGCUGCUAUGGCUUUGGAUGACUCAUCUUUCCGAAGUCGGCAGUUGAAAGUCCUACCAAAACGUACAAAUGUCCCUGGAAUGUCCAUGACAAAUCGUCCGCCUUUCGUUAGAGGUGUUGGUCGGGCACGUGGAAGAGGGUUGGCAUUUGGUUUCCGUCCUGUGUACGCUGGUCGAAUGCGUUUUCCAAGGUAUCGGCGACGUGGUAGUUACUUCUUUUCGCCUUAUUAAAAAAAACACUGGUGGAACAAUUGAUGAAAAAAAACGCAAAAAAAAAUUAAAAAAAAGAAAUUGUGAGCACAAAAGAAUUAUUGUUUGCAAAAUGCAUGUAUGGCAUCAAAUUCUACCUUACCUACUGUCAGCUGUUUUCUGUGGAACUAAUUAUUCUGUUGUCUGAAUUUUAGGUACAACACCCGCCUUAAACUGUAUGAUGUGGCAAACAUUUUCUUCCAAAAUCUAAAAACAGAGACUACAGCAGCAUCAUACGUGUUGGUGUGGGAAUGCAUCAUGUGCAAAUGUACCACCAAAAUUGUUAUUUUUAAUUUUUAUACUAUUAAGCUUGUUUGUCACUCUGUCUGUGUAUGUUUACAAAAUAUUUUGUUGGUUGUAAAU